CGCUGAACUAUAAAUAAUUGUCGAUGCGCGAUGCUUCGCCACAGUCACAUUUCUGCAUUCGUCGUGUGGAUUUGAUUCUGAGCAAAAAUGAAACUUCUCAUCGCUCUCGCCCUGGUGGCCGUCGCCAGUGCCGAUGUCUCGCAUCUGUUCUCGAACAGCAACAACCUGCAGGAGGAUGGCUACGUCUACAAUGCCCCGUCGAAUCCAGUCGUGAUCGAUGUGCCAUAUGUGCCGAGGGAGUCCGCUCCACCCACCGUCAUCUACCAGGCCCCCAAGCCAACGCCUCCUCGCCCCGUCUACACUGCUCCUCCAGCCAAGGUGUACACCCCUGCUGUUCCAGCCGGUGACCUGAAGGAGGAUGGCUACCAUUAUGGCGAGCCUUCGGUCAAGUUUGAAACCUACGAGAAGCCCGUGGAGACUGCCCCUGCACCAGUGUACGUGAAGCCCGCCCCCGCACCAGUGUACGUUAAGCCCGCCCCACCCAAGGCCGAGUACCUGCCUCCUGCACCCGUGAAGAAGGUCGUGUACACCCCUCCCCCACCCCCUCCAGCACCCGUUAAGAAGGUCGUGUACACUCCUCCCCCACCGCCGGUCUACGUGAAGCCAGCACCACCCAAGGUUGAGUACCUGCCUCCUGCACCUGUGAAGAAGGUCGUGUACACUCCUCCCCCACCCCCACCCGCACCCGUGAAGAAGGUUGUGUACACUCCUCCUCCUCCGCCACCAGCACCAGCUGGCAUCCUGAAGGAAGACGGUUACCACUACGGACAGCCCUCGGUCAAGUUCGAAGCCUAUGAGAAGCCCGCUCCAGCAGUUGUCAUCCAGAAGGUUGUGACUCCCGCACCAGUCUACGUGAAGCCUGCGGCGCCAGUCUACGUGAAGCCUGCGGCUCCAGUCUACGUGAAGCCCGCGGCACCAGUCUAUGUGAAGCCCGCACCACCCAAGGUUGAAUACCUGCCUCCUGCACCCGUGAAGAAGGUCGUUUACACUCCACCCCCACCCCCUCCAGCACCCGUGAAGAAGGUGGUCUACACACCUCCUCCACCACCAGUCUAUGUGAAGCCCGCCCCACCCAAGGUCGAAUACCUGCCUCCUGCACCUGUGAAGAAGGUCGUGUACACUCCACCCCCACCCCCUCCCGCACCCGUGAAGAAGGUUGUGUACACUCCACCCCCACCCCCUCCCGCACCCGUGAAGAAGGUUGUGUACACUCCUCCUCCUCCGCCACCAGCACCAGCUGGCAUCCUGAAGGAAGACGGUUACCACUACGGACAGCCCUCGGUCAAGUUCGAAGCCUAUGAGAAGCCCGCUCCAGCAGUUGUCAUCCAGAAGGUUGUGACUCCCGCACCAGUCUACGUGAAGCCUGCGGCGCCAGUCUACGUGAAGCCUGCGGCUCCAGUCUACGUGAAGCCUGCGGCACCAGUCUAUGUGAAGCCCGCGGCACCAGUCUAUGUGAAGCCCGCACCACCCAAGGUUGAAUACCUGCCUCCUGCACCUGUCAAGAAGGUCGUGUACACUCCACCUCCACCCCCACCAGCACCCGUUAAGAAGGUUGUCUACACACCUCCUCCACCACCGGUCUACGUGAAGCCAGCACCACCCAAGGUCGAGUAUCUGCCGCCCGCACCUGUGCAGAAGGUGGUCUAUACUCCUCCUCCUCCACCCCCACCGGCACCCGUGAAGAAGGUCGUGUACACUCCUCCCCCACCAGUGUACGUGCAGCCUCAGGGUCCCAAGGGCUACAGCUACCCCAACGAUCCCCAGCCAUCGUUCGACUAUUAGACUACUUAGGCUUUUUGUAAAUAUAAAGAAUCUUCAUUAAGUAUUAGGCAUAUCUUUGAACGAAUGGUGAAUGCAGUGGUUUGGGCUUUCGCAGGAAAGACCAAUCCACUUGGAAUAACUGUCAAAAUAAACAGAAAUCAAUCGAAUUGAAAA